CAAUUUUUCUGUUCUUUGAUUUGAUAAAGAACGAAACGCCUGUAUGAGUUUUUCUUCCGGGUCGUGAUCAUGGCGUGUUGCUGAACAACAUACGUCUGAAACAACAUCAAACAUGGCAUCAUUGGAAGAGGACUUCCCUCGAGGAGGGACCGCAAAAAAGCCCACUGAGAGUAAAAUAGUGGUGCAGCGCAGCGAAGUGGACAACCUGUUCCAGUCAAACGAACUAGCAGAAACUAAGAAAAGAAAGGGGGUGGUCAAAGGUGACGGCAAGAAGCUCAAGAAGCAAAAGACGGGCAAAGAAAAGGAAGAUGGUCUGACACUCAAUGCGGCAGCCAAGUGUGUGGAAAUCCUACAUAUCAAGAAUGUGAAGGAGGGUAUGCUGAUGCUGGGCUGUGUGAAGGAAGUUGCAGACUUUGAGGUGACAGUUGGUCUGCCUUGUGGUCUGCAAGGCUUCCUCAGCAUCAGGAACAUCAGCGACUCGUACGCCAAGCUGCUCAGUGAACAACUUGAUUCAGCUGACACAGAGGAGAUCUGCUCACUGCCUCACCUCUUCUACCCCGGCAUGGUGUUAAGGUGUGUGGUUGCCAAGUUGGACAUAGCUAGAGGAGGCUCUCUCAGCAUCCAGCUGUCAAUCAAUCCAAAGCUGGUCAACAAGGCUCUUACCUCAAGCUCUCUGAAAGCUGGCAUGGUCUUGAGUGGAUGUGUGGAGAGUGUAGAGGAUCACGGCUGCAUAGUUGACAUUGGCAUCAAUGGGUCCAAAGCCUUUGUGUCAAUGAAAGCAUUAAAAGACAAACACAACGAUCAACAAGAGCUGAAAGUGGGUCAGUAUGUGACUUCUCUGGUGGAAGAAGUAAAGAAUGAAGGGCGCGUGGUCCGACUUUCCGUCAACCCCCUGACCAUCGCCCAGGCCUGUGCUGAUUCCAUGCAGGGCUGGAACCUCACUAACAUUCUGCCUGGCCUUCUGGUCAAUGCGACGAUCAAAAUGGUGACCAAACAUGGUCUGAUCCUUCAGUUCCUGACCUCUUUUAGUGGCCAGGUGGAUUUUCUCCACAUGGAGCCAGAAAAGGCAUCCAACUACAAAGAGGGAACUGAGGUGCGAGCUUGUGUGCUCUACGUGGAGCCAUCCACACGUCUGGUGGCUUUGAGUCUGCGCAGCUACCUCGUUCAGCCCGGGAAAAGAUUAGACUCAACUCCUGCUGGUGGUGACCGCAUUGGUGAGGUGGUGAAGAACUGCAAGAUGACCACUAUACACCACAUGUCCGGAGCCAUGUUGGAAUUGCCUGGCAAAACCUUGGCAUUUGUACAUAGGAACCACUUGAAAGAGCCAAAUGAGCCAGCUAAUGAGAACAGAGUGCGGGCAAUACCUGAGCACACCUGCAGGAUCCUGGACUUCAGCCCCGUGGACCAAAUCCAUUUUGCUAGUCUACGCAAGAGUGUGAUUGAAAGGCGUUUUUAUAGAUAUCAUGAUCUUCAGGCUGGUCAAGUUGUAGAGGGGACAGUGUCAGUCCUGCUGAAUCAUGGGAUGGUGGUGCAUUUGUCUGACCACAUUAAAGGUCUAGUGCCUCGGACACACCUGUCUGAUAUUAUCCUCAAGAACCCAGAGAAGAAGUACACGGAGGGCAUGAAGGUCAAAUGUCGGGUGCUGUCAGUAGAUGCAGAGAAUAAGAAGCUGUACCUGACCAGAAAGAAGGCCCUGAUCGAAAGCUCCCUGCCAUUGUUUCUCAGCUAUACUGAUGCUCGUCCUGGCUGCGUGUCCCACGGCUACAUCGUCUGCAUCAAAGACUUUGGCUGCAUCGUUCGUUUCUACAAUAGCGUCAAGGGUCUGGUGCCUCUCCGUGAACUCAGCUCUGAGCCCAUCAUCAGUCCUGAGGAGGUCUUCUAUGUUGGGCAGGUGUUAAAGGCUAAAGUUCUUCAGUGUAACCCUGAGAAGGCAAAGAUGGUGCUGUCAUUUAAGGCCGCAGUGGAGGGACAAACUGAGAAAGUUCCCAACCUCCAGUUUGACUGUGAGGUGGGGAAGAGGCUGGAGGCCAAGGUGACGAAAAAGUUACCUAAUGGUCUGGAGGUGGCCAUCCUCCCUGAUGAGAUACGAGCUGUGCUACCCACCAUGCACCUCUCUGAUCACAUGUCAAACUGCCCUCUGCUGUGGGAGAGCCUGCAGGAGGGAGACAACAUCUCAAACCUCAUUUGUUUCAGCAAUAACAAGCAGAAUAUUACUCUCACCAAGAAACCGACCUUGAAGUGGUCAUUGGAGGAGGGACUGGUUGCCAAGGAUUUCUCAGAGAUUGCAGUUGGAAUGCAGCUGAUUGGCUUGGUCAAGAACAUCAUGUCUUAUGGCGUCUUUGUAGAGUUCCCAUACGGCCUCGUUGGUCUUGCACCCAAGUCGGCCAUGACUGACAAGUUCAUCAGUGAUACGACAGCCGCCUUCCAACUGGGCCAGACAGUCAUUGCUAAGGUGACCAACCUGGAUGAGGAAAAGCAGCGUUUCCUGAUCACACUUAAGAUUUCAGAGGUCAUAUCUCCAGAGGGCAAUGCCCAGACCAGACUCAUUAAUGGUCUGCAGGAGAGACAAGCUGUGACUGAAAUGUUGGCUAUGAGAGAUAACAGUGAUCUUCGCCAGCAGCUGGCCGCACUGUCUGUUGGUCAGAAGCUGAAGCUGACCCUGGAUACGGAGAAAGACAGUGGUGCGACGUUUAAGUCUGAUGAUUUGGGUGGUGCUACCAUACUGGCCAGCAAGCACCAUGUCAUGGGUGUUAGCUUGACCACAGGACAGAAAGUUACUGCAGUCAUUCUUCACGUUGACAUCCUGUCUACUUGUGUCUAUGUGUCCCUCCUUCCCAAGCUGGUGGGAAAGAAGAAAUCUUUAAGUGAAGGAUCAAAAUACACAGCGAUGGUGCAGUACAUAGACAAAGACUUUGCUGUCAUCUCAUUGGAUGAGACGGCACAGCUGACUGUGAUCCAAACUAGCAACCACCUGAAUGAGAUAUUCCUGUCUGAGUCGGACAAGCUGAAGGUGGGGACGAGUUUGGCCGUUGAGGUUACAGAACCCAGCUGUCAGGAACUACAUGGGCUCCCUCUAGUGUCAUGGCAACGCAGUGCGCCAAAACGACAGCGCACAUCCUCAGAAAACCAGCUGGGCUCCAAGGGGCACUGCUUCGGUGAAAUCCUGCAGGGGAAAGUGCGGACAGUGAAGCCUACCUGCAUUCAGGUCACACUAGAGGAUGGAAGCACAGGCAGCGUGCACGUGUCUGAGGUGUUGGAGGCCACAAAGGUGUGUCAGGGAUCCUUCCCGACGUCCACGGUGAAAGUGGGCAGUGUGGUCACCGCCAGGGUCAUUGGAGGACGAGAAGCCUCCAGUCACAGAUUCUUGCCGUUUUCUCAUCCCAAAUUUACCUAUACCAUUCCUGAGCUCACACUUAUACCCAGCAAACUGGAUAAGAGUGUAGAUUUCAAACCAGUUAAAGCUAAAGAAAAAUUUAAUAGCUACAAGGUCGGGGACGAAAUUACAUGCUUUGUGUCAAAGUUUAAUCCAGAGAGGAAGUCUUUGGAGGUCACCACUGAUCCCUGUGUUACUGGGACGGUUGAACUUCUGGCCAUGAUCACUGAUCCUAAAGAUGCCAGCCACCCAGAGAAACUGUACAAGCUGGGCCAAGCCUUCCGUGCUAAAGUGGUCGAAAUGAGCACCAAACCUCGUCGCUUUGCGCUAUCACUCACAGGUGUCCAUAAACUGGAGAAAGGCAGCGUGACCUUAGGGAUCGUGACUAAUAUUCACCCGCAAGUUGGCCUCCUAGUCAAGCUUCCCUUUGGUGGCAUGGGGACUGUUGCCGUCACUGACCUGGCUGAUGCCUACAGGCCAAACCCGCUGGUUGGGUACAGCAAGGGUCAGCUACUCAGGUGUUUCUGCCUGGAGAGUGAAAAUGGCAAGUGGCAGUUGUCUCUACGUCCAUCAAGGCUGAACCCACAGCAGGCCAAGCCAGUGAAGGAUCCAGAAGUUUUGUCUCUAGACGAACUAAAGGCAGGCCAGAUCAUCAGAGGCUUCAUCAAGUCUGUGGGAGAGCAAGGCGUCUUCAUCAGGUUGUCUCGGCAUAUAACUGGAAGAGCCCAACUUCAGCAGUCGACCAAGUACUUUUUUAAAGACCAAAAGGUCUUCUCUGAGCACCUGCCUCCCAACACUCUGCUCACCACCAAGAUCCUCAGUAUUGACAGAGAGGCAGAGUUGGUCAACCUCUCUCUGCUCCCCGUUGACACCGGGAAGCCGGAUGUCCUUCCGGAAACUCUUGGUCUGCCACUGCGUCUGGUCGGAGAGGAGAAGAAGAAACAUGAUACCGAGAGGAAGAAGAAACGCGCACUGUCUGAGAGCGAACAGAAACAAGCAGAGUCCCAGGUCCCAAAGAAGAAAAAAAAGAAAGCUAAGAAGGAUGAUAAUGACAGCGGAGUCGAGGUGUACUUCAGGGAAGAGGAGGAUAAAGAAGAUGAAGAAGAACCCAAACCUUAUACUGCAAAACAGGUGAUGCCCAGCUCAGCGGCUCCAUCCAGACUGCAGGUGGCAUCAGGUUUCUCCUGGGAUGUGGGACUGAACUCCCUGAAGCCUGUCUCUGUAGCUCAGUACGGGGACUCCAGUGAUGGAGAGGACCAAGACGAAAGCAGCAAGCCCCAGAAGAAAUCUCGCCAUGAGCUGGAGCAGGAGAAAAAGGCAGCAGAGAAGGCGCUGGUACAGCGGGAGACUGAGCUCAUGGAUCCCAGCCUUCGCCCCGAAGAUGCUGCUGCCUUUGAGCGCCUGCUCCUAGCCUCACCCAACAGCUCUCUGCUGUGGCUCCAGUACAUGGCUCACCAUCUGCAGGCCACACAGAUCGAGCAGGCCCGUGCUGUGGCCGAGAGGGCUCUCAAAACUAUUUCCUUCAGGGAGGAGCAGGAGAAGCUGAAUGUGUGGGUGGCUCUUCUGAACCUGGAGAACAUGUACGGCACAGAGGAGACCCUAAAGAAAGUGUUUGAGCGGGCGCUGCAGUUCUGUGAGCCUAUGCCUGUCUACCAGCAGCUGGCUGACAUCUACGCCAAGUCCAACAAGACCAAGGAGGCAGAGGGUUUGUAUAAUACGAUGGUGAGGCGUUUCCGUCAGAAUAAGGCAGUCUGGCUGAGCUUCGGGACCUUCCUGCUCCAGCAGGGUCAGAGCGACGCUGCUAGUGUUCUCCUGCAGAGGGCACUAAAGAGUCUGGCCUCAAAAGAAAGUGUGGACGUGAUCGCCAAGUUCGCUCAGCUGGAGUUCCGUUAUGGUGAUGUAGAGAGAGGUCGCACCAUGUUUGACAAAGUCCUGACAAGCUAUCCGAAACGUACCGAUCUCUGGUCUGUCUUCAUCGACCUCAUGGUCAAACAUGGAUCACAGAAGGAAGUCAGGGCGCUCUUUGAUCGUGUGAUCCACCUGAGUGUUUCAGCGAAAAAGAUCAAGUUCUUUUUCAAGCGCUACCUGGAGUAUGAAAAGAAGCAUGGUACCCCGCAGAGCAUCCAGGCAGUCAAAGAGAAGGCCGUGGAGUUUGUGGAAGCCAAAGGCACCGAGGAUGCAAACUAAAGUCGUUUUCUAAUCAAAAUAAUCACCUUCGUAGCUUGUAAUUUAGCUUUUUUCUUUUUUCUUUUUUUUAUGCGUCAUGGACUGGGAACAGUUGCAGAACACAACAGACCUUUUUAAAACAUCUAUAAAUGUUAAAACCAAACUGGUAUUCAACAUUUCAUCAACUUACAUUUGAAUCUAUUUUGUAUGUAAAUGACUGUGAGCUAAGAAGAGAAUAGAGAAUGUCAUGUUUAUUACUUUUAUUAUGUUUUUGAAUGGAUUUAUAAAAGGUUCCUUAUCACACUUUCUAUAAAUUGACUGUUUGACCUUUCAGUAAAUAAAUAAAUAAAUCCAGCGCCGUUACAAUA